AUGUCGCAAGUUUGGAUGGCACCUUGUACGAAACAUAUUAUUGACGUGUCAGAGCGAAUUGUUAGCAAAAGGAUUAGAUUGCUGUCACAACACAUUGUUUCUCCAUACACGACCGAGGCAAAGAAGAGAACACCUGUUGACGGGAAUGGUCCACAAAUAUCUAAUGUUACUAACCAUGUACCUGGAGGAAACUUUUCGUGGAUUGAUGCUGGUUUACACCAUGUUUGUGCCAUUUCUUUUCAUGGGAGUUUGAAGUGUUGGGGAAAAAUGGUAGGUGAAAAACCCCGUGGCGAGUUCAUAGCACUAGCCUCGGGGGAGAGUCGGAACUGUGCAUUGAGGCCUAAUGGAACCGCGGUUUGUUGGGGUGAAAAUGGAUUCAAUUUGCCCGCUUCACUGAAGAAGAUGGAAUUUAUUGCUUUGGAAGCAAAAAUUAAUGUUUUUUGUGGUGUUAACAGAUCAAAUUAUUCCUUACUUUGCUGGGGUAAUGAGAAUUUCGAUUCGAAUCCGGUUUUCAAAGAUGUAGUUCCGGGUUCUUGUACAACUCGAAAUGAGUGUCCCUGUAAUCCUUUACCUGGUUAUGGCAAGUACUGCAGUGAAGACCUAGUCAUAUGUGAACCUUGUGUUAAGAAGCCUAUUGUGGUGGUGCCGCCACCACCACCGUUAGUGGCACCACCAUCACGGAGUCCCUCGAGCGGUGGACAAUGGAAUAGUAAAAUGGUGGCCUUUUUGGUUGUAGGUUGCGUUGGAUCAUUCUCGUUGUUUUUAAGCUUGUGUAUAUUGUCAUUCAGAUAUUGCAAGAUAACAGGCAGUCGAAUUCAUGAUUCAGGACGCCUAGAGGAGGGCAGCCUGUCUCAACAAAACAGCCAAACUACUCAAGCUCGACCAUCUCCACCAGUCUUGGAGAAGCGGCUCAGUCAUUUAAUCAGUGCAGGGAAUGGAGGUCACUUGGAGGAAUUUUCCUUGCAAGAGUUACUUAAAGCAACUAAUAGUUUCUCUGAGGAGAACAAAAUUGGCACCGGAAGCUUUGGAUCCGUCUACCAUGGUACAUUGGAUGAUGGGCGCGAAGUGGCGGUCAAGAGAGCUGAAGCCUCGUCCUCUUCAUCAUAUGGAGGCAUUGCCAAACAUAGCCAAGACGACAAGGACAACGCAUUCUUGAAUGAGCUCGAGUUUUUAUCGCGUCUCAAUCACAAGAAUCUUGUUAGGCUAUUAGGAUAUUGUGAAGAUAGCAAUGAGCUCCUAUUAGUCUAUGAGUACAUGAACAAUGGCACCCUCCAUGAUCAUCUCCACAAGCUUCACACUUCUCCAUUCAUGUCAUGGUCAACAAGAAUUAAGGUAGCACUUGAUGCAGCAAGAGGAGUUGAGUACCUCCAUAAGUAUGCUGUGCCACCAAUUAUUCACAGGGAUAUCAAGUCAUCAAACAUACUACUCGACACCACGUGGACUGCCAAGGUGUCCGAUUUUGGGUUAUCUUUGAUGGGCCCCCAAGAUGACCAGUCCCACCUGUCAUUACGUGCUGCAGGCACAGUUGGGUACAUGGAUCCCGAGUACUACAGAUUGCAACAGUUAACGACUAAGAGUGACGUUUAUAGUUUCGGGGUCGUAUUGCUUGAAUUGCUAUCAGGGCACAAGGCAAUUCACAAGAAUGAGAAUGGGGUGCCAAGAAAUGUGGUGGAUUAUGUAGUUCCAUACAUAAUUCAAGAUGAAAUUCAUAGGGUGUUGGAUGCGAGGGUGCCCCCUCCUACACCAUUUGAGAUUGAAGCAGUGGCACAUGUAGGGUACCUUGCUGCAGAUUGUGUCAUGCCAGAGGGACAAGAUCGGCCAUCAAUGAGUGAAGUUGUAAAUAGCUUAGAUAGAGCCCUGGAGGCAUGCUUGGCACCCCCCGUGUUAUCGCGAUCUACCACCGACUCCUCAACGUAAUCUCGGAAACCUUGCAACGUUUUAAGAGCCCUCAGAUAGUCCAGUCCAAGAAUAACGAGGCUAUUAGCAGGAACACCCUCUACAACUGAACUAAUGAAUUAUCGUGUAGAUCAGAUUCUCGAUUAAAUUUAUUUCAAAGUAUUUUUAGUUGCAAGAGUACGGGCUCAAUAAGAAUGUGAAUAUUACAUUGAAAUUUCCAAAGGAGGAAAAACACAAAUUUUGAGCUAGCACGCUUUAGAUUAUUAUUCUUUUUUCCCCCCUUAUUAAUUUGUUAGUUUAUUGUUUAUAGUGGAAAGGCGUUCCUACUAAAUGAAAUGUUCUGCAGCGCAGCUUAUUCAUUCUAUUA